UGGAAGUGAGCGAGUGUCAGUAAAAAAGGCAGUCUGACUACCAAGAGAAAAAAGAGAGCGCUCAGCAAACAGCUCGCACUCAUUGUGUCAGUGCAAUUCUGAACACGGACAGCUGGUGCAUUUGAGCUGAAGAAAACAGUUUUCAGUGCACAAAAACAGAGGAAGUGGAGAGAAAAGAGAUAAGGAGAGGAGAGGUUCUGCGUGGAAAGAUGGACUCUGAUUCUGGAGAUCAGAGUGAGGGAGAACUCUCUCCAGGUCAAGAGAGCUUCAACUCCAAGAGUUUGGCCAUUCAGGCCCAGAAGAAGAUCUUGAGUAAAAUGGCGACCAUGGCAGUGGCUAACCUCCUCACGGACGACAUCAGUAGCGAAAUUCUGGACGAGCUUUACAAGGCCAGUCGUGAGUAUACCAAGAGCAAGAAGGAAGCCCACAAGAUCAUCAAAGACAUCAUCAAGAUCGCGCUGAAGAUUGGCAUCCUCUACCGGAACCACCAGUUCAGCUCAGAGGAGAUGGAGACCGUUGAGCGUUUCAAAAAAAAGAUGAACCAGGCGGCCAUGACGGUUGUUAGCUUUUAUGAGGUGGAGUACACAUUUGACCGUGGCAUUUUAUCUGAGCUUUUGAUGGAAUGUAGGGACCUUCUCCAUGAGUUGGUGGAGCAUCACUUGACGACACGCUCCCACGGGCGGAUCGACCAUGUUUUCAACCAUUUCGCAGAUGUGGAUUUCCUAACUGAGUUGUAUGGCCCGUCUGAAGAGUACAGACUAAACCUGAGGAAGAUCUGUGAUGGGGUAAACAAACUCCUGGAUGAUGGCGUACUUUAACCAAACCUCCAGUUUGUGGUUUCUCAGACUCCAUCAGGCUGUCGGGAUUUGAACUGACAGAAACAUGUGUUGUUAUUUCUAUGAGAAAUCUAGGGUGUCGUGGCAACUUGAUGAUGUGAUUGUAACUAGGGCUGGGCAAUAUUUUAAAUAUACACACUGGUUCUUAUUUCUAAAGCUGCCUUUUCACUGUCUCCGACAACUUUACAAAAAUUAAGAGUACAUGCAAACUUUCAGCAAAUAUGCCACUGAUUAUUUCAACAUGCAAAUUAGCUUUGCGGCAAACUUGCGGCAAAUUGUCCAUUGUUGCAAAACGUUGACAAGUUUGCCAUGAACUCUCAGUUUUUGAAAGGGCAUUCACAUACGUUUAUAACAUUUGUUAGCAAUGGACUGUAUUCGUUGCAAGGGAGAAGGCACUCGUGGAUCGCCUUGUCAAGUACCCAGUUCCUAUAUAUUUGCAAAGUAAAUUAUUAUUAUCAUAAUCAUACAAUUUUCCAAAGAAGCAGGCAUUUAGAAUAAAGUUUAGGACAAAAACCAUUGAUAGUUUUUAAUGAAAAACAUCAUAUCAGUUCGAGCGUUGCAUAUGGUCUAGUCGCACAAAGUUGAAAUAUUUAAAUACAUCCAAAGCUCAAAUCCAAUCUGAAAAUUGUGCAUCCACAGAUGGUCGGAAAUCUACGCAGACCCUGUGGGACUCUCCAUUGGAAAUGAAUGAAUGAUCUUCUGUCAGAUGCAGUGAAAAGGUGGCUUAAUAAUUGCGUAUAAGUUGCGUUCUUACGUUAAUUAAAAAUACUUUGUCUAAGACAAAUAUUCCACCAGUUUAAAAAACGUUUCAGACACACUUAAAAUUGUUCUUACCUUUGUUCUGUACCAUCUGUAAUGGUUUUGAUGGAGAUACAAAAUUGUGAAUAUUCCGACGAUUUUAACGUGCUUUAUUUUCAGCCGUUAAGUUUCUAACAUUGUCUUGUUAGACUAGGUCUCGAAACUCACUAGCAUGAGAGCAUUACGACUUUAGCAUUAAACUUCAGUAGUAAAAACACUCGUUCGUUGUUAGGUUUGAUUCCUUUGGUUCAAUUAUUUUUCAAUGAAUUGACUCAUAACUCUGAAUCAGUGAUAUGUUUGUGCCAUCACUUGAAAAUGUUCAAGGAAGUCUCUCUGUGGGACAUUUGAUCUAUUUAAAUGUUAUACUAAAGAGUUAAGCAAGCUUAACAGCAUCUCUGAUUUCAACUUUAGUAUGAAAUCCCUGAAAAGUAUGUUCCCUGAAGUCUCCACACAGCAUUUUCAUCAAAAGCUUAAACAUAUUGAGAUUUGCCAUUAUUUGUUUAGUUAUAUCACCCAGCCCUGAUUGAAAGCCAGCGUGUAAGGAUGAUCGCCCUGGUGCAAAUUGAAGUCAAAUCCUGGUUUGUAUUUCCAACAUACCAGAUGAUUGUCUGAGGAAAAUCCUUUAAAGUGCAAAGCCUGAAUGAAUCCGUGUCCCGUAAAACUGCCCUUUGUGUAGAACUUCAGGAAUGUUUUAAAUUACAAGCUCCUUUAAAUGCACUGUAUGAAAUUCAACCUACCUAUCCUUUUAGAAUGAUCUAGCAAUGCCACCUUAGCUUAUUUCAAUGUGCGUACAAGAACCAAUGAGGAUGUUUAAUUAAUAGUUCGCCCAAAAAUAAAUGUACUCACUUUCACGUCAUUCAUAAACUGUAUGACUUUCUUCUGAGGAACACAAAUGGAGAUGUUUGGCAGGAGCUCUGAAAUAAUGAAGGUGAAAGGGGACAGGGGCUUCUAAGCUCCAGUAAACACCCUCAAUGUAUCCAAUAAUUCAUUUUGCAUUAUUUAUGUCAAACCUUGUGCAUUGUGUCAAUGCCUCAUAUUUGAAUCUGAACAUAAAUGCGAAUGAGAUUUGAGAGCUGCAUCGGCAUAACAGCUUUAGAUACAUAAACUUUUUGAUUGAGUUUGACAAAAAUAUAUGACUUAAUCCAAUCAAACACUUUGAUAGGAUAGAAAAAAGAACCUCAGAGAUUCUGCCAAACAUCUCCUUUGGUGUUCCACAGAAGAAUGAACGUGAGUUCGGAACUAGUAAUUAAUGACAGAAGUUUCUUUUUUGAGUGAACUAUUCCUAUAAUAUUACAAAAGCUUUGAGAGCUGAUCAAAUAAAUGGCACAAACCUUUGUAGAACAGAGUGUGAGUGAAAAGAAUAAGAUGAAGUGCAGCAGAAAGAUUGUAAAUAAACUUAGGGGUUUUGGUCUUCUGUCUUUUGCCUUUGUAAUGACUCUGUCACAGCAGCUCCCAUGAUCCUGUGCUAGGUCUAUCCAGAGCCUGAUGCUUUAGCAUGUAAAUGUGUGUGUAGAGAGAAAUGUGAUUAUUCCACAAGUCUGUUGAGUGUAGCACGAUUAUCAUUAAAC